UACCAGGAUGAUAACGUAUACCACCGCAGCACUGCUGAACUUCAUCCUCAUCCUCAGUACACAGGAGCUCUGACAUACGACGGCAUCAGCGUCAUGGCGACGGCCUUCCAGAACCUGCGGCGGCAGCGGAUCGACAUCUCUCGCCGUGGCAAUGCAGGGGAGUGUCUGGCGAACCCUCCGGCUCCCUGGGGACAGGGCAUCGACAUACAGAGAGCUCUGCAACAGGUGCGUCUGGAGGGGCUGACGGGUCGCGUCCAGUUUGACGAGCGAGGACAUCGAACCAACUACACUCUGAGUGUGAUGGAGCUGAGACACACGGGGCCCAGGAAGAUCGGCUACUGGAACGAGAAGAGAGGCUAUGUGAACACAGCCGUCUAUAAGCCGGUGCUGGAGGAGUUCUACGGUCUGCUGAACAGAACCUACAUCGUCACCACCAUACUGGAAGCUCCCUACAUGAUGCUGAAGAAGAACCACGAGCAGUUCGAAGGAAAUGAAAGGUACGAAGGUUACUGUGCAGAACUGGCCGCGGAAAUCGCCAAACACGUGGGCUUCGCCUAUCGGCUUGAGCUGGUGGGCGACGGAAAGUACGGAGCCAGAGACAGCGAAACAAAGAUGUGGAAUGGCAUGGUGGGAGAACUGGUGUACGGGAAGGCGGACGUGGCGGUUGCUCCGCUCACCAUCACUCUGGUCAGAGAGCAGGUGAUCGACUUCACCAAACCCUUCAUGUCUCUGGGAAUCUCCAUCAUGAUCAAGAAACCCACCAAAUCCAAACCGGGAGUCUUUUCCUUCCUCGACCCGCUCGCCUACGAGAUCUGGAUGUGCAUCGUCUUCGCCUACAUCGGAGUCAGCGUCGUCCUCUUCCUG